CCACCGACACCAACAGUACUGAAUCACCAGUUUUCUUAGACAAUUUAUAACGAACGUCACUGGGCUGUGAGGAUGUAAAAAUACAAUGCAAAGAAGCAAAAAAAUUGUAAAGUGUGCACUUUAAACGUCGUAGUGUUGCCAAGCGCGUCGUGGGAGAAGACGCAGAUGUUGCUUCGUAGAGCUUUCCCGUUCGGCCGAGGGCUGGCCCGGACGUUUACUUCCGCCAGUGCCAAGCCGUACACAGUGCCGGAAGGACAUUGGGGAGCCAACAGAGCUGCCCGGCUAGAGUUGGCAGCAGCCUAUCGAGGUCUGGACCAGCUGGGCUUAAACGAGGGCGUGUGCAACCAUCUGAGCGUGGUGGCGCCGCGGGCAGAUGGUGCGGGCGAGGCGAUGCUCGUCUUCCCUUUCGGUCUGCACUGGAGCGAGGUAACAGCAAGUAACUUGGUGAUGAUAGACCCGGAUGAAGGGCUGGUGGAGGGCGACACAGACCCCGAGGUUACAGCUUCAUGCAUCCACCUCGGCAUUCGCAUGGUGCGGCCGGAAGCCAAGGUCAUCAUGCACACUCACCAGCCCCAUGUCACGGCGUUGGCUUGUCUCAAAGAUCCACACCUGUUGAUGAUGCACCAGAAUUGCUUGAGAUUCUUUAACAGAAUCUCACACGACAGAGAUUACGGUGGUCUUGCGGUUGCUCUCGAAGAAGGCAAAAGGCUGGGGAAAGUUUUAGGGAACAAAGACGUCCUCUUCAUGGGCCAACAUGGCGUCCUCGCUGUCGCUCCCACUGUAUCCAUGGCCUUUGAUCACCUGUAUUACCUAGAGCGAUGUGCAGAGCUUCAGAUCCUAGCGCUGGCGACGCAGAAGGAGGUGGAGCUGAUCCCGGAGGAGCACUGCCAGCCCAUGUCCGACGUCUUCUGGAGGGACAUGCAGAAGUACGCGGACGCCCAUUUCUACUCCAUGUACCGGCGAUUGCGGAAAACCCAGCCCGAUUUCGAGCUGUAGAUGGCUCUUGCACUGUAAUAAAUUUGGUCUAAUUAUGGACCAACAAAUAUACUUAAGUCGAUUUUUUUCUUACCUGUGUUUAUUUUAUUUUAUAAAUGUUCGCCAUUGAGAUGUAUAGGACUCUGUUAUGGAUCAACAUAUUUUGAACUGUAUAGAAAAUGCAAUAAAUUGAACAAAAUA